UUCAUUGCAUUAGAAGAUCGUUUCGGUUUUAGAUUCGCAGACGAUUUUUGUAAAGAAAAAAAGACUAACCGCCUAACCCUUUGUGACACGUAUCAUGACUCUUAUUUCAACGAUGAACGUUCGUUCUGCGAUCGAAAUCCUUACGUUGGUAUUGUUAGUGUGUUUUAUUUCAUCAUCAAAAGCGGAACUUGAUUGGUAUGAAACAGCAUCGUUCUACCAAAUUUAUCCCAGAUCAUUCAAAGACAGCGAUGGGGAUGGAAUUGGAGACAUACAGGGUAUCAUCUCGAAAUUGGGACAUUUAAAAGAAAUGGGAGUCGACGGCACCUGGCUCAGUCCAAUUUUUGUUAGUCCAAUGAAAGAUUUUGGCUACGAUAUAUCGGACUUUUAUGACAUCCAAUCCGAAUAUGGUACCAUGGAUGAUGCAGUGGAAUUGUUUGCAAAGGCUAAGGAAUUGAACAUUCGAAUUGUACUUGACUUUGUGCCGAAUCAUUCAAGUGAUCAGUGUUCGUGGUUUAAGUUGUCUGCUGCCAAUGAUCCGGUGUAUAGAGACUAUUAUGUGUGGCACGAAGGAAUCGAAGAAAAUGGCGUUAGGAGACCACCCAAUAACUGGAAUUCAGUAUUUUAUGGAUCCGCUUGGACUUGGAACGAUCAACGUCAGGCCUUCUACUUGCAUCAGUUCGACAAAUCUCAACCAGAUUUGAAUUUCCGUCAUCAAGCCGUUGUCGAUGAAAUGAAAAACGUUUUGCGAUUCUGGUUGGACAAAGGAGCGUCGGGAUUCAGAGUAGAUGCGGUCAGUCAUUUGUUAGAAGAUGCAGAGUUGCGUGAUGAGCCGAUCGAUAAUUCGAAUGACCCGCUAGCUUAUGACUACACCAGAAAGGAUUAUACUAAAGAUUUGGACGAAACUUUUGAUAUGCUCUACCAAUGGCGUGACGUAAUGGACGAUUACCAGAAGCGACAUGAGGGCGAAACCAGAAUUUUUAUGUCGGAAGCUUAUGGAAAUGACACAAUUUUCAAGAAAUAUUACCAGUCUGCCGAUGGCUUGAGGCAAGGAUCUCACAUGCCUUUCAAUUUCGUUUUAGUUUCUGAUGUGAAUAUAAAUUCAACUGCGGCAGACUUUAAACGAGUGAUUGACAAUCGUUUGGAGAUCGUUCCUGAAUCCAAGAAAACCAACUGGUUGAUGGGCAAUCAUGAUCAACCACGUAUGGCGUCACGGUUCGGUAGUCAAAUGGUUGAUGCCUUGCUGACGCUCGUCAUGACUCUACCUGGAAUGUCUGUCGCAUACAAUGGAGAAGAAAUCGGAAUGGAAGAUUUUCGUUUCGGCAUCUCUUUCGACGAAACACUCGAUCCCGCUGCUCUCAAUGCCUAUCCGGAAGGUCCCAGAGAUGGUUGGCAAUGGAAGUCUCGCGAUCCAGAGCGAACUCCUUUCCAGUGGGACGACACGAAAAAUGCUGGAUUUUGCAAUUGCACUGGUAAACCGUGGUUGCCAGUUAACGACAAUUAUCCAAAAUUAAAUUUGGCGCACCAAAAAGCGUCGUCAAAAAGUACAUUUCGUUAUUACAAAGAACUUGCCCAGCUGCGUAAGGAUGAAACGAUGAUAAGGGGAGAUUACAAGUCCUUCGUUCAUAAUGACGUUUUCGGAUAUACGAGAACUUUGUCGAAUUAUGAGCCCCGAUUGAUUUUAAUGAAUUUGGGUAAAACAGAGCAAAUGGUAAGAGUAAGCAAAUUCACCAGUUCGUUCGACAAUAAAUUACGUGUGAUGGUUGCUGGUGCGGAAACGCCUUAUAAAAAAGGCGAUAUCAUCAAUGCAAACCGAGUGCGAUUGCCAAAGUACAGUGUUAUUGUUGUGGAAAAUUUGAUUAAGCGUAGAUCAAAUACAAUUGGUUCACUAUUGGCGGCAAUUUUAAAAUAUUUCCAGACCAUUACCAACAAACUCAAGCAUUGAAUAUCUAAUGCUACACAAAUGAGAAUGAAUGGAAAUUAAUAAACAUAAAUUGUUUCCAUUGA